AUGGCAGCUCCUACUCAGGUUGCUUUCCGGACUGUCAAGGGUAUUGGCAUCUUGGAUGCGGCCCCGGUUUAUGAGUCUUUGUCAGGUUUUGAGAGACCUGAGGGAAACCUUCGCUGUAGCGCUUAUUCCCCCUGUGGCCGGUAUUUUGCGUGGGCAUCUCCUGAGAAGGUCACUAUCAUCGAUCCUUCGGUCGGACAUGUUAUCACGAAUAUCCCUGCCGACAAUGUUUUCGAAUUGGGAUUCUCACCUCUUGGGACCUAUCUGAUUACUUGGCAGCGUCCGACGAAGGAUGCGAAUGGCGACGCAGUUAAGAAUUUGAAGGUUUGGAAGGUAGUGGAGACUUCAUUAGACAGCAACGGAGAUGAGCGCACAAUCGUGGGCAGUUACGUCCAGAAGUCACAGACGGGCUGGAACCUUCAAUACACGUCCGACGAGUGUUACUGCGCUCGGGUUGUCACUAAUGAGGUCCAAUUCUACCAAAGCGAUAACCUAUCGAAGGUUUGGAAUAAGCUGCGCGUGGAGGGGGUGAUUGACUUUGCGGUCUCGCCAGGAAAGAAUCAGUCUGUUGCCGUUUUCAUCCCUGAACGCAAGGGCCAACCCGCUGCAGUCAAAGUGUUUAUGGUGCCUCAAUUUGGAGCUCCGGUCUCGCAGAAAACUUUCUUUAAGGGUGACAAGGUCCAAUUGAAAUGGAACGCUUCUGGAACUACUCUGCUUGUUCUUGCCCAGACUGACGUUGAUCGGACGGGCAAGAGUUACUAUGGAGAGACCACGCUGUACCUGCUCGGUGCUACGGGUGGUUUUGAUUAUCGAGUCGACUUGGAUAAGGAGGGACCGAUUCACGAUGUGACCUGGUCUCCCAACUCUAGAGAAUUUGGUGUCGUCUACGGUUAUAUGCCAGCCAAGACCACAAUCUUCAAUUUCCGUGGGGUGCCGCAGCACAGUUUCCCCCUCGCCCCCCGAAACACCAUCUCGUUCUCCCCUCACGGACGCUUUGUCCUGGUUGCUGGCUUUGGUAAUUUGGCUGGCCAAAUGGAUAUCUAUGAUCUGGAAAGGAACUACUUUAAGAUCGCCACCGUGGAAGCGUCGAAUGCCAGUGUUUGCGAGUGGUCUCCCGAUGGAAAGUACAUUCUGACGGCUACCACUAGCCCCCGUCUUAGAGUUGAUAACGGCAUCCGUCUGUGGCAUGUCAGUGGUGCCUUGAUGUACAAUGAGGACAUGAACGAGCUCUACGAUGUGUGUUGGAGACCGCAGUCCACCACCCAACAUCCUCUGGGUGAUCCAUUCCACCCACUCCCAACGCCCCACCCAUCCGCAGUUGCAUAUCUGAGCACGAGGAAAGCUCCUGUGAAGCCUGCAGGUGCCUACCGUCCACCGGGCGCCCGUGGUCAACUUACGCCACUUGCAUUCAAGCGGGAAGACCAGGGUGGUGCCGCUUUUGUCCGGGAUGGUGCAAAUGGUGGUGCUUUGAAUGGCUUUGGUAAGCCACGGAGGCGUGAGGUUCCUGGCGCCGAGCCGGUUGAGGAAUAUCUUCCUCCGGGAGCCGCUCCUGGAGGAGGUGUUGCUCUGCCUCCGGGUGUGGAUCAGGCGGAGAAGCUAUCCAAGUCUGCUGCCAGGAAUAAGAAGAAGCGUGAGGCAAAGAAGCUGAAGGAAGGCGAGGAUGGGCAACCUGUCCGCAAUCCGGAAGGCCAUGGGGAUAAGGGUCACGAGCGUAGCCGGUCUAAGGUCAAUAAUACCGAGCGUAAGAACGCAAACCAGGCCAAUGGCGCAUCACCUGCUUCGACCAAGCCAAACAGCAACGCUACAGUAGAAGCUGCCGCUGCGCCAACCGCACAGGAUAAGAAGAUCCGCGGGCUUUUGAAAAAGAUCCGUGCGAUUGACGAGCUGAAAAUGCGUCUUGCGGGUGGAGAGAAGUUAGAGGAUACGCAGCUGAAGAAGAUCCAGACCGAGGAGGCAGUGCGCAAGGAGCUGGAGUCGCUGGGUUACAUUGGAUAG